AUGGCGACCUCAAAGAUACGUUUAGCCAUACUGGAUGAUUACCAGGGUAUUGCUGUAGCCAAAUUCUCUCAUCUGCAGGCCAAGCUUGAAGUCACCACCUUUUCUGAUAAUAUCAAUCCCAGCGGUAAGGUGGAAAAGGAUGCCCUAAUCGAACGCCUUCGACCUUUUACCGUUAUUUCUACCAUGCGAGAACGAACACCGUUGCCGAAAGAUGUGAUCACAUCUCUUCCCAACCUCAAAUUGCUCCUGACUACAGGAAUGAAGAAUUCGGCAAUUGACAUGGCCGCUUGUGCUGAACAGAACAUAAUCGUUGCCGGUGCAAAGGGAAUUGGGAAGUCCGGUGACGUGAGUUUGCCGACGUCAAUUGAUUCCACUUUGCAACAUUGCUGGGCACUCAUCCUGGGGAUUGCUCGGAAUAUUGCUCGCGACGAUGCGGCUAUCAAGUCUGGCCUCUGGGAGAUUUCUCCAGCUACAGGCUUGAAGGGAAAAACAUUAGGUCUGUUGGGUUUUGGCAACUUAGGUGCAAGAGUUGCCUCAGGAGGUGUGUGGGCCUUUGGAAUGAAGAUUCUAGCAUGGUCUAGCAAUCUCACCCAGGAAGCCGCCGAGCAGAAGGCCAAAUCGUUUGGUCUUCCCCCGGGAACAUUCAAGGUGGCCGCCAGUAAAGAAGACUUGCUCAAGGAAGCGGACGUGUUAAGCAUUCACUAUGUUCUGUCUGAACGAAGCCGAGAUAUCUUGGGAGAGCGAGAGCUCGCUUGGUUGAAACCCUCCGCACUCUUGGUCAACACCUCAAGAGGGCCUCUUGUCAACGAGAAAGCUUUGCUGGAAACUUUAAUCCACGGCAGGAUCAAGGGCGCGGCUUUGGACGUGUAUGAAGUAGAGCCGUUGCCGAUGGAAAGCCCAUGGCGAACAACUGCUUGGGGAAAGGAUGGCAGAAGCCAAGUGCUGCUCAGCCCACACAUGGGAUACGUCGAAGAAGGAGUCAUGAAUCGAUGGUAUGAGGAUACAGCGUUGAACUUGGAGCUAUGGCUUGACGGAAAGGAUAUUCCGACAAGGCUCAACUGA